UGAGUGAUUUAUGACUAUCUUUCUAUGGUAUGAGGAAGAACAAAAAGGGAAAAGAGUGUUCAUCCUUAAUUCCUCAUCACCUAUGAAUAAAUAAAUAAAUUGCUUAUAAACAGGAGCGAGCAGUAAUCUCGAUCCAUCUAACGCCUGCAAAGCUAAGGAACAUUGGCCUGCUUCAGCUUCUUCUGGUUCCAACCCCUUUGGGUGUCUCUCCUGAUCAAUCAAUGGACUCGAGUGCCUCAACUAUUCUCAUGCCUCCUCCACUGGAGCUUAAGGAUGAGAGGAAAAAAGGAAGUGUGGUUUUUGACUCAUCUAAGAUGCAAAAACAAGAGAAGUUGCCAACAGAAUUCAUUUGGCCUGAUGCGGAUUUAGUUCGGACCCAACAAGAGCUUAACGAACCCUUGAUAGACUUGGAUGGAUUCUUCAAAGGUGAUGAGGCUGCAACUGCCCAUGCCGCUGAGCUUAUCAGGAUGGCUUGCUUGAACCAUGGCUUCUUCCAAGUUACCAACCAUGGCGUCGACCUAGAUCUUAUCCGUGCUGCACAGGAAGACAUGGGCGUUUUCUUCAAGCUGCCAUUGAGCAGGAAGCUCAGUGUCAAGAAGAAGCCUGGCGAAUUGUCAGGUUAUUCGGGUGCGCAUGCGGAUCGGUACACUUCUAAGCUGCCGUGGAAGGAGACACUUUCUUUUGUCUAUUGUUAUGAUAGUGGUUCCAAGCCCAUGGUAGCUGAUUAUUUCAAAACUGCCUUAGGUGAAGACUUUGAACAGAUAGGGUGGAUUUAUCAGAAAUACUGUGACGCAUUAAAGGAACUGUCUCUAGGGAUUAUGCAACUCUUGGCAAUUAGCUUGGAUGUGGAUAGUUCCUACUACAGGAAAUUAUUUGAAGAUGGUUACUCAAUUAUGAGGUGCAACUCCUAUCCACCUUGCAAAGAAGCUGGCCUUGUGAUGGGCACCGGCCCUCACUGCGACCCAGUGGCUCUAACAAUUCUUCAUCAAGACCAAGUUAAAGGCCUAGAAGUUUUUGUGGAUAACAAAUGGCAAUCUGUCAAACCUCGACCGGGUGCCCUGGUGGUUAACAUUGGUGACACUUUCAUGGCACUAUCCAAUGGAAAAUACAAGAGCUGUAUACAUAGGGCUGUGGUGAACAUGGACAAAGAGAGAAGAUCAUUGACCUUCUUUAUGAGCCCGAAAGACGACAAGGUGGUGAGUCCGCCACAGGAGCUUAUUGUCAGAGAAGGGCCAAGGAAGUACCCGGACUUCAAAUGGUCAGAAUUGUUAGAGUUCACUCAGAAGCACUAUAGACCCAAUAAUGAUACUCUCCAGAGCUUUGUGGAAUGGCGUCUCUCAUCUCAAACCAAAUAACUUCUAGCCCUUUCCUUUGGAUGCUUUUGGUUGUUGGUCCCCCCAAUAAAGACAAUCUCAAUAAGGUCUUCUUUCUGAUCCAUUUUUGAUCAUAUUCUCCCCA